AUGGAACAAAACACGCUUAAGCGACGAGGCGUCGGUCUGACCGGCGUAGACAAGCAGCGUUCUUUUGGAGGCUACACACUCUUUUGCCCAUUGACCAGCGACGUUGCCCAUCUUAUCGACAUCGACGGCAAUGAGGUCCAUUCAUGGAAACUUCCUGGGAGAAUUGGUCGACAUGCGAGAAUCCUGCCAAAUGGCAAUCUCGCUGUCAACACUCUUUCGCCACCUUCGGACCGGACGACCAAGAAUGGGGGCCCCUAUCCCUUCCCUUUCUUCAACAAGUACGGGGGAGGAGUGAUGAGCGAGUUGGACGUUGACGGCAACGUCGUCCGUCAGUUCAAGGAUCCCCUGGGACAUCAUGACCAGUAUCACUAUGGCGACGGCCGUAUCCUGUACACCAGCCUGGAGGCUUUGUCUUCUGAAGAGUCGGCGAAGGUCAUUGGCGGAGUGCCUGGGUCGGAGAUCGACGGCAUCAUCUACGCAGACACGAUCAACGAAAUCGAUGCCGCCGGAAACUUGACCUGGCAAUGGAAGGUUUCCGAACGGCUGCCCCGGGACGAAUACCCCUUGCAACCACACUACACGCGCGAACAUUACCCCCUGAUCAAUUCGGUCUUGCCCAUGCGCGACGGGAAGCACAUUCUGGCGUCGAUGCGGUCUGUCUCCGCCGUGGUCAUCAUCGAGAGAGCCACGGGCGACAUUGUGUGGAAACUCGGGUCGGACGUGCUUGCGCAACAACAUAAUGCCAACGAGCUGGACAAUGGCAACAUCCUCAUCUUCGACAACGGUGCCUUCCGCCAGGGUGAAUCCAUCAUGUAUACACGAGCGAUUGAGGUCGACCGCACCAGCAAGAAAAUUGUCUGGGAGUAUCGCGAUCGCUCGCAGAUGAUUUCCUUCUUUACCCCCUUCAUGGGCAGUGCGCAGAGGUUGGCCAACGGCAACACCUUGCUGUGCGAGAGUGGCUUUGGGCGCCUUUUCGAAGUCACCCAAGACGGAUAUAUAUGCUGGGAAUAUCUCAACCCGCACUUUGCUCCCUACCCCGAUGAGGUGACGGCGCAGCUCUUCCCGGGAGAAUCCAAUGCCCUAUUUCGCGCGUAUCGGUAUUCUUUGGAUGAGAUUCCUUGGUUAAGGGAGAAGUUGGACACAUCGGGCACGACAAACAAAGCAAAUACAGGCGGUAUCUGUAGGCAGCAAUAG